AUGUCUCAACCUUUUGCCUUGACCUUGCCCCAUCUCCGCCGAAUCGUCACCUCUCACGACAACAAGGGGCAUUCUGUUGUCGUGAGCGAUAGCGAAAUACCAGCCGAAGCAAUGGAGCUCGUCAGAGGAGGCAAAUCAGCUGCAAUUUGGGUUACAACAGACUCCAUCCCCACACACGAUAACAACAACAGCGAGGACGGUGGAAAACGCACAAUCGAAGACAUUUCUAACUUUGGACUUGUUCAUCCUACAGGAACAAAUCUGCGCUCCACUGAAUUAGCCCCCGGUGCCAUCACGGGAAUGCAUCGCACUUGCUCUUUAGAUUAUAAUAUACUAGUGUCAGGGGAACUGGUGCUGAUUAAUGAAGAUGGUACUGAGAAGCACUUGAAGAAUCCAGGUGAUACUGUCAUCCAAAAAGGCACUAUGCACGCAUGGAGAAAUCCUUCUGUGCACUGGGCCCGGUGGAUAACCGUCCUUAUUGCGGCAGACCCAGUGGUAAUCGACGGAAAAGCCCUUGUCCCGGAAUUUCUCUCCUAA